AUGCCUGUUCAAACCAUUGCUUCAGCACGGUGCUUCUCCGACGACACGGACUUUGCCGUGGACCUGCUCGGUGAUAUCCUCACCAACGCCAAGUACGACGCAGGAAAGGUUGAGGCUGAGCGUGGCGUGAUUCUGCGCGAGAACCAGGAGGUCAACUCCAUCCCCGAGGAGGUGGUCAUGGACUAUCUCCACGCCACCGCCUUCCAGGUCUGUCAGUCGCACAGCCAUUAG